AAAUUAAAUGAGAGACUUGUACGCUCCGGUAGCUAAUUUAGAGAGAGGCGGGGAGAGCUCCACUGCUACCUCUGGUAAAAGGUGGCGCUUCACCAAGAACCUAUGGCGGUGAAGUGCACACCUUCCGAAGAUUAAAUUGAAGAGAGAAAUAUAAGAGGGCAAACGAUAAACAGAGAAACAUGGGUCAAGGACUGAGUUGUGCAACGAGUAAAGAACAUGAACUCUUCACUGCUGUUCAGUAUGGUGAUAUAGAUAUGGUUAGUGAUUUGUUAGAGAAAGACCCUAAUCUCAUACAUCAUACCACCCUUUAUGAUCGCCACUCCAUUCUUCAUGUUGCUGCUGCUAAUGGCCAGAUCGAGAUUUUAGACUUCGCCUUGAAUCGAUCUGUGAAGCCUGAUGUGUUGAAUCGUUACAAGCAGACUCCGCUUAUGUUGGCUGCAAUUCACGGGAAGAUAUGCUGUGUGAAAAGGCUUCUUACAGCUGGAGCUAAUAUAUUGAUGUUUGAUUCCAUCUUUGGAAGAACCUGCUUGCACUAUGCUGCUUAUUAUGGCCAUGCUGAUUGCCUUCAAGCCAUUCUCGAUGCUGCUGAAUCUAGCCCUAUUGCUGUAUCUUGGGGAUAUGCAAGGUUUGUGAACAUUAGAGAUGGCAGGGGAGCGACUCCGUUGCACCUGGCAUCAGGCCAAAAACGGCCUGACUCUGUGCAUAUUCUGCUAAACCGUGGUGCUCUUGUUUGUGCUUCAACCGGUAGAUAUGGUUUUCCGGGAAGCACUCCUCUUCAUUUGGCAGCUAGAGGGGGAUCUAUUGAUUGCAUACGUGCAUUGCUGGCAUGGGGAGCAGAUCGCGUUCAAAGAGAUGCAUCUGGGAGGAUACCUUAUGUAGUAGCGACGAAACAUAAACAUGGAGAGUGUGCUGCCUUGUUGGAUCCUGCAUCAGCAGAGCCUCUUGUAUGGCCAUCGCCAUUAAAAUUCAUCAGUGAGCUUGAUAGGGAGGCAAAGGCUCUACUAGAACAGGCCUUAUUGGAGGCAAACAAGGUGAGAGAGAAGAAUAUCUUCAGGGAUACUGGGUACUCACUUCCUUCCCCUUCACAUUCUGAAGCUGGGACAGAUGACAAUACUUCUGAGGCCAGUGAUACUGAGUUAUGCUGCAUAUGCUUCGAGCAAGUAUGUACUAUUGAAGUUGAAGAUUGUGGCCACCAGAUGUGUGCACAAUGCACACUAGCCCUUUGCUGCCACAACAAGCCAAACCCUACAACUGCUUGCUUAACACCUCCGGUCUGCCCCUUCUGCCGAAGCUCCAUUGCCCGUUUGGUGGUUGCAAAAAUCAAGGAUCAGGAUAAUGCUGAUCGCGACAGCAGUGACAUUGGCUCACCAAAGCUAAGAAAGUCUAAGAGGUCUUGCAACUUCAGCGAGGGAAGCAGUAGCUUCAAAGGGUUAACCGCAGUUGGUUCGAUUGGUAAGAUGGGUGGCCGAGGCUCCGGUAGAAUUGCCGCUGAUAAUGAGUGGGUUGAUAAGCCUUGAAUAUUCAAAGCAUUUGGUGAUCAAAUAUUCCAUUUGGUGAUCAAGAACCCCCCUUAUUUGUAAUCAGAAAAAAGGGAAAAGGGAAAUGACAAUAACCGAAAAAAGGAAGCCCAUUUUUCUACUGGCCCCAGUUGGUAAAUAUUGAUAGCUGUCAUUUACUAUGUAGAUUUGGGAAGUAAGCCAAGAAAUUGAGUUGCAAGUUUGGGUUGGUAAGUUUGAUAAUGGUUGCUUGGGACAUAUUGUUGUAAUCUUGAGAAUGUAUUAUUAUAUUCACUUUUAAAGUAACGAAUAUAAAUUGCUGUGUUGGGGUUUAGGUUUAGACCCCACCAAGAUUUAAUCA